AUGGUGCUUUCGCUAGUUCCCGGCUUCUCCAGAUCGUCUCCAACGCGCCCCGCCGAUGACACGCAUUCCCGAGCCUCCGCCAACACCACCAACCGGACCUGGAAACGAUCAUUAUCAGUCACUCCAACAUACUCAGGCACCCUGACUGAAGCCCUGCGCAAUAACCCCUUUGGCAACACGCGACCGCGAGCCGGUGUGCCCCCGACCGCGACGGAGCAACAGCAACAAGAACAAGAUGAACUCAACGCAGCCUUGGAAACCCUGGUCCACAUAUUCCCAGAUGUCCGAAUAGAAGUUUUUCGCGAACUGCUGGUGCGCUUUGACGGACUGAGCAGGACGCAGGUGUGCGUGGAGGAGCUACUCAGGCACAAGAAGAAAUGGGUUUCGGGGCGAUGGAACAUCCAAGACAGCGAACAGGGCGAGGACAGUAAGGGGACUUCUGAAGGCCCCGCGCAGCACGAGGCCGACUGGGUACCACCCCACGAACGCUUUCGGACCAGCGAAUACAAGACGGCUGUGCGAAUGGCCUUAGUCAAGGAAUACAACGGUCUAAACAACAGCACUAUCGAAGGCGUACUGGCCGAAGUGAAUUUCAGCUACGAGCGGGCUCGGCCGAUUCUCCUCGAUCUAUCGCGCCGGACAUGGCGCGCGACUUUCAACAGCAUACUUCCGUUCAGGCGGAAGAAGGAUCGCGAAGCACAUCCGCUUAUGGUGUGGCAUCGCGAUAUGGACGGAGAGCUGGUUCCAGGGCUGAAAGAGACAGGAUCUCAGGAGUUGGACGCGGAGCUCCAUGCGCUGAUGAUUGCACCGUUGUUGCGACAGCGGCGAGAAGAACAGGAGGGCAAGGAUUUCCGAUACGCGUCCGACCUGAAUGAAAAAGAGGCGCAGGCUGUUGAUUCCCUGUAUGAAUGCGAGUGCUGCUUCGCGGACGUCACGUUUGAGCAGAUCGCGACCUGUUCGAGCAACACUCACAUCAUUUGCUAUCAUUGCAUACAGCGGACUGUCUCCGAGGCACUCUUCGGACAGGGCUGGGGCAAGUCGGUGGAUCUGGAGCGGUCUUCUCUGAAAUGUCUUGCGCCGCUGUCGGUUGGAACGUGUGAGGGAUGUCUUCAUCCCGAGAUCGUUAAGCAGGCGAUUCUGCUCGACACGGCCGGGUUCGAGACAUACCGCAAAUUCGAAGAUCGACUCUCUUCAGAGGUACUCAUGAAGUCUCAGCUGAAGCUCAUUCGGUGUCCGUUCUGUUCCUACGCUGAAAUCGACCCGGUCUAUCACCCCUCUUCUCGUGGUGUUUGCUGGCGGAUCCGCCGUGACGCUGGUCUCAUCCCUACAAUUUUAAUGAUUCUUCUUAUUCUGGACCUUGUCCCGCUGCUGAUAAUUCCUGUUCUCGUCCUUCUUAUUCUGGAUCCCGCCACCGUGACAGCGAUCUUUAGCAAUGCCAUCCGCAACCUCUGCCUCAAGCUCCGCCCCAAGCGAUUCAAGUGCGCCAAUCCCUCUUGUCUACGCACUAGUUGCAUGACAUGCCAGAAACCUUGGCGAGAUCUCCACGUCUGCCAUGAGCCCCUACUGCUUGACCUCCGCGCCACCGUCGAAGCAGCCCGCACGGCCGCUGUGAAACGCACCUGUCCACGGUGCAGCCUCUCGUUCGUGAAAUCCUCCGGAUGCAAUAAACUCACCUGUGUCUGUGGCUAUUCCAUGUGCUACCUAUGCCGUAAAGCACUCGGCCCACGCCUGCCAGGGUCAAUACGUCGAAGACAAGCUCAAGACGGCGCAGACGACCCAGGAGAGCCCGCAGAGGGCGCCGACCUAUCAGACGACGAGGCCGAAGAUGUACAAGGCUACCAACAUUUCUGCGAGCAUUUCCGCAUCAAUCCAGGCUCCCGCUGUACCGAGUGCACGAAAUGCAACCUGUAUCAAGCCGAGGAUGAAGAAGCGGUGGCCCGGCGCGCAGGGGAGAAAGCCGAGCGCGAAUGGCGUCUUCGCCAAGGUGGUGCUGGCACCGUUAACCCGGCCUCGGUCCCAUCUCGGAACAUCAACCAAGACCUUUCGGCUGGACGUGAUAAGUCAAACCGCCGGGCCCCGGCUCUCGAGUGGGAUAUGCAGCUCAUAUCGGGAAAACCGUGGGGCUACUGGCUGAGUGAUGUGUGGUCAGAGGGUCGCUGGAAACUGGAAGGCCAGGCUCUGGCCGAUUGGAUCGUGGAACGCAUCGUCGUGGUUGAAGAUGUGUGA